CUGCUGGAGUUAAUGGGGCAAUUUGUGUACGAAGAUGAUGAAGCAGCUGCUGGGAUGUGUCCGCUUCCAGAUUAAUCUUUGUUGUUAUAAAAGUGCCAUUUUCCCCUGCUUGCCACCUAAGCCGUCUCCUUUUCCACAGAUGUGCCUUCCUCAUUUAGACGGCACAGAUGGCAAGCACUGGAUAGCCUAGCUGGAGUGUGUCUUCACUUGAUUCCCUCUUCAUUUACCAGCGACCUGGAAACAAAACUCUGCUGCAGUCUUUUCUUCCCUACGGCAAUUUAGCUGUGCACAUUCAGCUCCAUGCAGUUGUUUUAGUCUUGCAGCUACCUUGUCAGUGGGGCUGUCCUGCUGGUGUUGGAGUAUAUGGAUGGAGGCUCCUUAGCUGAUGUGGUCAACAUGAAAAGGAUGGCUGUAGGACACAUAGCAACAGUGUGUCGGGAGUGUCUGCAAGGCCUGGCUUUCCUGCAUGCCAACCAGGUGAUCCACAGAGACCUCAAAAGUGACAACAUCCUUCUGGGCCGGGAUGGCUCCGUCAAGCUGGCUGAUUUUGGCCUCUGUGCUCUGCUCAGCCCUGAGCUGAGUAAACGGAGGUCGAUGGUUGGGACCACGUGCUGGAUGGCACCUAAGAUGGUGAGGAGAGAGCCAUAUGGCCCCAAAGUGGACAUCUGGUCCCUUGGCAUCGUGGGAAUAGAAAUGGCCAAAGGAGAGGCUCCUUACAUUCGGGAACCCAGUGACAGGGUAAGGUGCAAAUACGCUCUGAGAGCGGUCUCCUUCUGCUCCGUGUCCAUUAGACAAAAUCCCACGCCCACAGCUAACUACCUGAUGGGCAAGCAAGGGGUACCAGACCUGCACAAGCUCAGGCUGCCCUCUGGCUUGUGUGAAUUUCUGGGUUGCUGCCUGCAGAUGGACGUGGACAGGCGAGGCUCUGCUGAGGAACUUCUGCAGGAGUUGGAAGGGCAGUGUUUGGAGGCACAGAAGCUGCUGGCCCAACAGGAAAACUUCCUGGCAGAGGUCCAGAAGGAGCAGGAGAACAGGUUUCUUGAGAUGAAUCAGUCAAUUGCCAUCAUGCAAGCUGGAUGA